AUGGCGACAAUACAGAACACCACCCCUACGAUUCUACUCGAAAAGCCAGUGCAUGAAGUUCCACCGCGAUCUCGUCCGAACUCGGCAGUUAUUCGCAGUGUGAUCAAUGAUGAGGGCCUUCCAGAAGUCGUGCACCCCGAUCAAAACGUGGGACAAAACGUAUACUACGACGCCCCCAUACCGGUAGAUUCGGAAACAGACAAACGAUUUCAUGAAGCACCUAUCCCAAUAGGAACAUUAGACGAACCUGCGCCUCCAUUACCAGCACGAAAAUCCACACCUCAAUAUCCUUACAGUCCAGAUUCUUUCGCGCCCCAACAACCGCCUCAUAGCCAACCGCUUUACAGCCAACCGCCUCACAGUCCAGGUAGUUACGCUCACCAGGGACCUCCACAGUAUCACAACAACGGCGGAUAUGCCCAGCGACCACCAUCUUACAGCGGCAACCAAGUGAUUACAUAUGUGACGCCACUACACGAACUCGGAGAUCACCCAAAAUUCGUCGAUUGUCCCUUCUGCCAACGCCGAGCUGAAACACGAGUAAAGAAAACAUCUUCAAAGUUCACACAUGCCUCUGCAACAGCCCUAGGUUUCACAACCAUUGUCGGUGCCGCUGUUCCAUACGCUGGGAACUGGGCAUGCCACACAACUCAUUACUGCACCAACUGUGAACACAAAGUGGCCAUGCGAAAAUGGGGAUCGAGAGAGAUGAAGGCGUUUGGAACUCCAGAUCAUAUGAGAGAAGUUUCACGAUACCCGUCUGCGAGUUCACAAACGAUGUCCAACGGUUCAAGGAUGGGUUAG